UCAGAUUAUUGGUGUAAGAAGCAUUACCAGAUACCCGCUUCUGAAACCAAAUAUUGGUAUCGAAUCAGGCUAAUUGUGCAUGAUGGUAAUGAUCAAGCAACGUUCCUUCUCAUAGGAGCAUCUGCAGACAAAUUCCUACCACGCACAGCUUCAGAAGUUAAUGAAAUCUACCCGGAUGGAACUGGAAUAUUACCACCUGAUAUUGAAGCUCUAGCUGGUCAUAACUUGGAAUUUGAGAUCCAACUUCCCAAAGAAAACAACAAUGGUGUUGUAGGCGACUUCAUAGUCACUAGCAUCAAGGGACUUCCCCAUCAAACUGGAAAAACGGGA